AUGCUUCAACAACAAGUAUUUCAUCUUCAUCCGCAUGGCUGGGAAAAUGACCCAGAGGAAGAGAGAUAUAAGGUUUCAACGCUUGACUACCUAUCCGGCCUCCGUUAUAACAAUUAUGCUCUAUUUUUCAGACUAGAGGAUGGAGCUAAAAGACAAGCGGCUAGCAUUCUAAAGAAGGGUCUUGAACGCACUAUCAGUCAAGCACGGCAUUUAUGUGGAACGAUCGAAAAGGACCCAGAAGGAGGACAUUCGUUUGUGAAGACUAAAAACAGUACAGUACAGUUUGUUGUUCAGUGGCUCGACUCACCUGAGGACAACUAUCCAUCCUUCGAUGAUCUCUAUGAUUCCCACUUUAGCACAAGAACACUAGGGCCAUUGGAUCUCUGGAGUGUCUAUCCGAUGACGGCUGGAGACAAGCCUGAAGCGCACCCAGACAAUAGCCCAGCUGUCUCGGCUUUCAAAGCAAACUUCAUUCGAGGCGGGCUUGUUUUCAACAUGCAUCACCACCACUAUGCCAACGAUGUUCUUGGUUGGACUGCGUUCACUCAUCAACUAGCCGAGAACUGCUACGCUCUUUACAAUGGCACUUCAUUUCCUACGUGGGAUCCUAUAUAUUUGGAUCGCUCGCGUGUAACUAAGAAGGAAGUCCCUGAAGAAUCUAGGAUCGAGGGGCCUGUCCAGCAAGAGCGUCACCCUGCCCAUACUAUGGGCAUAGUGCUCCUCUUCCAUUUGCCCAAGAGCAAAGCCGCCCAACUGAAGAAACUGGCAACUUCAACCAAUGGCUCUCGGAUAUCAACCUACGACGCCUUCUCUGCCUUUAUAUGGCGCACGCUUUCUCGACUUCGGGCCCCUGUAUUCAAGCCUGAUCCCUCGUCUACGUUAUUCUGGGCUGAAGCUGUUGAUAUGCGUCGACGCUUCCACAGUCCCGAAUGCCCAGCGCGUACGCAGGGAAAUAUUAUGUUUGCGGCCCGGUCCACGGCAGUUCCGGUUCAGCAACCAACAGUGGCUGAAGUCAUCUCAGAGUGGCCACUACCCAAAUUGGCAUCGUACAUCCGCAAGCUCACAAACUGCGUCACGCAAGAAAACCUUGACAAGACAUUAGACGUUGUGGCACUUAUCCGGGACAAGACGGCGCUCAAUGCUCGUGUCGACUCCCAUCCGCCUAUGUCGAUUCUGCAAACUGAUCAUCGUCGUGCAAACGUUGCCGCAGCCGACUUUGGUUUCGGGAAGCCAGUUACAUACCGGCAUCUAUGGGAUGAUAUAUCAGUAGGGGUAAUCCUUAUUUACCCACCACGCUCAACAGCCCCUGAUUCAGACGAAGGCUGCGAGUUUGCUAUUAUGUACGAGAAGAACCUGGCCCAUACGUUGAUUCAAGAUCCCGAGUGGAAUAAAUAUUUCGAGUAUAGGGGGGUCACUGCUGAGCACCGCUGUGGCUAAGCUGUUU